UCCCUCCACGUUGCACCCCAUGGCAAAUCUCCGGAACUGCGUGAUUACAUCUCCGUGUGUCUUGUGAUGGAAUCCAAAAAGCAACUAGACGUCUGCUCCUCUUCUUUAAGUGCAACUCAACCACCAGCCUCUCUCAUUCCAGCGCGUUUUAGAUGCAGUCUUCUGGAUCGGAAUGGUAGGAUAGCCUACACGAACGGAAAAUCCCUUUCCCAUCGUUUUGUUGAAGUGCAGAGGAGUGGCUGUAUGGUUAGCUUCUUCCUCACACUCUCGACACUCCCACAAGAAAAUUAAACCGAACGAUAUCAUCUAGUGGGUCCAAAAAUGGGUCUCGGAUUCUGUCGAUUUGUCGAACGAUCUCGACUCUAUCCUCAUCCAACAGCCGCUUCAAAAUCUUCACCAGCAAACCAAAAAGGGAAUCCUUCCAUGGAUUCCUCACCCAUUUCUUCCGACAAUUUUCUCGUUGGACCAGAAGAUAGAGUCCAAUUCUUGGCCGAGAUAUUUUGGGUGGAAGAAGAAAUUUACACAUCAUCCUCAUUAUCUGAUAAUGGAAGCACGAGCGACAGCUCUGAACAAUCUUCAAGAUCUCCGGCAAUUAUAGACUUGCGCAAUGACCUUGAGGACCUUCUCAUUUCUCAACGAUUGGCUGAUAUCAAGGUCGCGAUCGAUACUCCUGGGUCAAUAGGUCAGAACUACGAUAAGACCUCUCGAUUUGUGGAUAUCAAAGAUCAUCUACGUACGGUGGAAUGUGACUGCAGUAACUGCUCCGAAGCCCAAAUUCAAACAUCUCAGGAAUGCUUAGCCCAUAAAGCUAUUUUAGCUGGUGAGUUUAUAAGGAUAUAUAAUAUGAAUUUAAUAGACUUCUUGAAGGCAAGUUUCGAUAUUACUCUUCUUGUAUCUGCAGCCUCAACACCAAAGUUGAUGGAGAUUCUUUCUUCAUCAGAGAGAGAUGGUCGACUCCAGGAUGAGUUUACCAGACUUGUGUUUCGGGGGUCUGGACUCAGUCCUGACGUUGUUCCAAGCUUCCUGCAAUACGUUUACUCAAGAAAAAUGGACCGGAAUUCUGGCCAUGCUCAGCUUGUCACACUGCUUCAAUUAUCUCUACGGCUUGAAAUGCGAGAAUUCGCCAAACUAAUCGAAGCCCGAUUAAGGGACAUCAUUUCUACGAAAAACGUCUGCUCUAUUCUCUCCACAGCCAUUGAUCUUAAAACUCCAUCUCUGGUUGAGUCUUGUCUCUCCUUUGUUUUCCGGUGA